AUGCCGCUCAACAUCCCGGGCACGCUAGUACCUCUACACCUCCUCAUCAAUCCGAGGUUGAUCGUCCCGCAGAUGAUUGUAAAAGAUAUUCGCCAGCUUGACUUCCCCGAGCUGCGUCGCACGGGGUACCGAGGUGCUGUGUUCGACAAGGACAAUUGUCUCACCCCUCCACAUCGGGAUACUCUCGUUCCGGAUCUCAAGGAUGCUUGGGAUGAAUGCCGCAAAACCUUCGGGCCUCAAAACGUGCUCAUCGUCAGCAACUCCGCUGGCUCGCACCUGGACGCAGGCGAGAUUCAGGCCGAGUCCGUCUCGCAUCACCUCUCCGCUCCAGUCCUCCGCCAUCCAUCAUUCAAACCAUCGUACUCAUGUAUAUCUUCCAUCCGCGCAUACUUCGCUUCCCUCCCUCGACCCGUUCGCGACGAGGAACUAAUCGUCGUCGGCGAUCGCAUAUUCACAGAUACCGUCAUGGCCAACCGUAUGGCUCGCCACGAGCGGGUAUCACAGCCAACCGCCCCUUCACCCGCGGGCGAACAGCCAGACUUAGUCGAUAGCCCCAGCAAGGAGCUCGACGUCUUCGCUCCACGAGCGCCCGCGUCCAGUCCGACUGCUUCGUCGCGCGUGCGAGUGGGCCCGUUAGCGAUUCUGACGACCACAGUGUGGGAGCGCGACAGCCCGAUCUUGCGCCGGCUGGAGAUGCAGCUCUUGAGGGGCGUUGAGCGGUGGGUGCUCGGCGAGGGCCGGGGAGCGGCGCAAGACUGGACGGAUGUGCGUUAUGGGAGGUUCUUCAAGGAGUUGGCGAUGCCGGAGGUGCUGCGGAGAGAGAAGCCGGGGUUUGUGAGAAGGAUGCUGAGGCGAUGGAGGGGAGAAUGA